AUGGCACGAAAAGGAAAUCCGAUUUCGGUAAGACUUGAUCUGAAUCGUAGUUCAGAUUCAAGUUGGUUCAGUGAUUAUUAUUAUGGUAAAUCAGUGUAUCAAGAUGUCAAUCUGAGAUCUUAUUUCGGUUCGAUACGUCCACCUACGAGACUCACCUUUGGCUUUCGUCUCGGUAGGUGUAUUAUUCUACAUUUUCCAAAAAGAACAUUCAUUCAUUUCUUUCUUCCCCGUCGACCACGACGACUGAAACGACGCGAAAAAUCCAGACCCGGAAAGGAGAAGGGCCGGUGGUGGGCAUUUGGGAAAGUCGGGCCGCUCAGGUGUCUUCAUUCAAGCGACGAUACAGAAGAAGAACGAAACGAAGUGAGAGGCCGGGGGGAAGGGAAAAGAGUCGAGUCGAUCAGGCUCGACGACCGGGAGAAGCAAAACGAAAUUCGGAUUUGGCCGAAAAAGAAGCAACGCUAUGGAUACCAUGAGCGAUCACCAUCGAUAAAGAAGAAUCUUUCUAAAUCACUUCGGGUCAGCAGGGCCUUCAAGCAUCCGAAAUACGCCGGGGUUGUAAAUGACAUAGCGUUCCUGAUAGAAAAUGACGACUUCUUCAGAAAAACCAAGUUAUUCAAGUUCUUUUUGCCAAAGAAGUCCCGCUCCGACGGCCCGACGAGUCAUCUACUUAAAAGGACCCUCCCUGCAGUGCGCCCCUCCUUGAAUUAUUCGGUCAUGCAAUACUUAUUGAAUACAAAGAAAAAAAUGGAUUUCGACCCCGUCGUAGUUCUCAAUCAUUUCGUGGCACCGGGCGUGUCUGAACCAUCUACGAUGGGGGGAGCGAAUGCACAGGGAAGAAGCUUAGAUAAGAGAAUACGUUCUCGCAUCGCUUUUUUUGUAGAAAGCUCGACCUCGACCAGCGAGAAAAAGUGUUUGGCCGAAGCCAAAAAGAGGUUGACCCACUUCAUUCGCGAAGCAAAUGAUCUUCGCUUCGCGGGGACAACAAAAACCACCAUCUCGCUCUUUCCUUUCUUCGGUGCUACCUUUUUCUUUCCAAGGGAUGGGGUUGGGAUGUAUAAGAACCUUUUUUUUGAGGAUGCCCGGGAACAACUCCUAGGUCAAUUAAGGAUCAAAUGUUGGAACCUCAUGGGUAAGGAUAAGGUAAUGGAAUUGAUAGAGAAAUUCAUAGACCUAGGUGGGAUAGGAGAAUUGAUAAAGGGAAUAGAGAUGAUGAUAGAGAUCAUACUGAGAAACAGAAGAAUUCCGUACGGGUACAACUCUUAUUUGAACGAAGUGAAAAAAAUGCGAUCUUUGUUGUCUAAUAGAGCACACACUAAUACCUUAAUGGAGUCGGUCAAGAUCAAAUCUGUUUAUCAAAGUGCUUCUCCGAUUGCUCAAGACAUCUCUUUUCAACUGAGAAACAAAACAAGAUCAUUUCGUUCCAUUUUUAGUAAAAUAGUGAAGGAUAUUCCAUUAAUAAUGAAAAAAGGGGUUGAGGGGAUCCGUAUAUGUUGUUCAGGUCGAUCAGAAGGCGCAGAAAUAGCUAGAACUGAAUGCGGAAAGUAUGGAAAAACAUCUCGUAAUGUAUUUAACCAGAAAAUCGAUUAUGCUCCUGCGGAAGUAUCUACUCGUUACGGAAUCUCAGGUGUCAAAGUGUGGAUUUCAUAUAGUAAAAAUAAAAAGGGACGUGCUAUAUCCGAAACGUACGAAAUAUACUAA